UGGGUGACAGAGGGAGACCCUAUCUCAAAAAAAAAAAAAAAAGAAAGAAAGAAAUGAAUAAGCAUCUACAGGCAGUAGACUGACUACAGAGAAAAGAACUAUUAUUACAUUGUCUGGGUUUGCAUGAAGCCAUCUACGUUGUUCCUCAAUAGCUCCGUAAGGCCUAGAUUGUAAGACUUGUACCACACUGCCAAAAGGGUAAUGCCAAAUUACUGCAUUCAGAAAGAGAAAAUUUGUCCUUAACAUGGCUAAAAGUACUCAAAAUUGUAAAUACAUUUGCUGAGAAAUACUUUAAAUUCUCAUUUAAGUUAUGUGGGGGUUAAAAUGUGUUUAAUUUUCCCUGCCAGUUGGGUCUUUUACAUUGGCUAAGAACCAAGAGUGUGACAAGAAAUGAGUUCUAUGAUUGAGAAACUCUGAGAUUCUGGGGGUGGCCUAGGAGUUUGCUUUGAGACUGAAGUUUAUUUUCUAUGGUCAACUAUAUAAUUACGAUGAUACCACCCCUUGCUUUCCAUCUGACACUUGGUUUGAGAAACUGUAAGUAGGAAAGGGAAAGAAGAAUGUCCCUCCUUGGGCCUCUUCUUUUGGACCCGUGCACGCUUCCUAGAGUCAAACGUCAAGCUGGUAUUUCCUUGCUGCUAAGAGAGCAACCACUACUCUGAGGCAGAGACGGGAUGGGACCUAGCCAAAGUCCCAGUAAACAAACUGUAUCUUGUAAGCGCGAUUUAAUUAGGGUCAAACUACUCUGUAUGGACUUGCUUUUUCGACUUCUAAGGAUUUAGUAGUCAUGAUUAAGUGUUCUAGUCACGCUACUGCGGUGUACAAACAGUAGCUCCACAACAUCCGCCCACAUCGUGGCAACGAAUUAUCAAGAAAUCCCCAAGGGGGCGGUGAGGCGCUAAGCGACCGGUCAGCCAGGUCGCGAGGUCCCAGUCUGGUGAAAAGCUCCGUUGCCCACCCUGAGAGGUUCGCGGAAGGAAGUUGGCAGUAUCGCUGCACCUUCGAGACGCGACGGCCGAGGCUCCUAGCUCAAGCUUCUGACAGGUGCUGGAAAUGUAAACAAGAAUAGACUGUUCAUUCCUGAUGGCUUUUAGUCUAUACUAACAUAUUGUUUGUCAUGGCAUCCGAGACUGAAAAGACCCAUGCUUUACUGCAGACUUGUAGCACUGAAUCUCUUAUUUCCAGCCUUGGUCUGGGGGUAUUUUGCCUUGUAGCUGACAGACUUCUUCAGUUUUCUACAAUUCAGCAAAAUGACUGGCUUCGUGCUGUCUCAGAUAAUGCCGUACAUUGUGUAAUUGGCAUGUGGUCAUGGGCAGUAGUCAUUGGAAUCAAGAAGAAGACUGACUUCGGAGAAAUCAUUUUAGCUGGAUUUUUAGCCUCUGUUAUUGAUGUAGACCACUUUUUUCUAGCUGGAUCCAUGUCUUUAAAGGCUGCUUUGACUCUUCCGCGAAGACCUUUCCUUCACUGUUCUACUGUGAUACCUGUUGUGGUUCUGACCUUGAAAUUUACUAUGCACCUUUUCAAGCUCAAAGACUCAUGGUGCUUUCUUCCUUGGAUGUUAUUUAUAUCCUGGACUUCACACCAUAUCCGCGAUGGGAUUCGUCAUGGUUUGUGGAUAUGCCCAUUUGGAAAAACUUCUCCUUUGCCAUUCUGGCUUUAUGUAAUAAUCACAUCAUCUUUACCUCACAUCUGUUCAUUCGUUAUGUAUUUAACAGGAACCAGACAAAUGAUGUCUUCAAAACAUGGAGUUCGUAUUGACGUCUGAGGUAACCACACAGCAGUCUUAGAGAAGCAAAUGGCUCAGAUGAUGAUAAUUAAGAGUAGCCAACAUUAAAGUUAAUGUUUAAAAACACAGUUAGGUGUUUAUAUUAUUUAAUUAUUAUAAUUCUGGAAUCCUCUUUCUCAGGAAGCAUGUACAACUUUUUUAAAAAUUAUACUUGUUAUUAUUCUACUUCUCUCUUCUAUGACAACUCUAGUGCAAUAUUGGAGUUUCAUUUAUUCCACAAUAUGUUUUUAUUGUUUUUUUCUGUUUGUCUGGUGUUACUAGUAGUUCUGUUAGAUUAACAUCCUGUUCAUUUUCUGGAAAUAUACCUGGAAUUUAGUCCAUUUCCUAGUGAAAAACAGUUCAAAUUUAGGGUAACUAAUUUGUAAAGAGUUAACAUUAUAUUUGGAUCCACAUUUUCUUGAGAUAUUGAAAUAGUGAAAUCGCCAAAUAAAUGAUAUCAAUCAUUUAACUAUACAAAUGUAUAGUUAAUGCUAACAUGUAUUUAUUUUCAUAUAUGUUGAUCCUGACUGAAAUUUAAUUUGCACAAUGCUUUAUGAGUUAUGAUUGCUGGCAAAAUCUUCAGAGCACUUGUGACACAUCAUUGUAAUAUCUGGUAGCUAACAUUAGAUCUAGCUUAUUAUUUCAGAAAUUAAUUUAGGAAAUUAUUAAAACAUGUUGACUAUAGUAACAGUUUACUGAAUUAGUAUUUUUUUAGUAUCUCUAGCCUAAAAUCUCAUGUGUUGUGUUUUAACUGUUUUGAAAAACAUAGGUAAAUUUAAUAUUUGUUAAUAAAUAACAUUAACAAAAUACUGAUAUUUGGAUCAUAACCAUAACAUUUGAAUUCAUACAAAAAAUAAUGACCAGUAAUGUCAUUUCAAAUGUAAAUUCCUGAAUGUACCACUAAAAUUGUUUUAGUUGCUAUCAGUUUGUUUAUAUACUAUUCUAAAAUAUUUUACUAGUUAAAUAAUUUUUUAAUCUGCCUGAUACUGAAAGACAGCGUAUAUUUUUUUCAAAAUAAAGUUUUAGGAAAUUUGCUUUUUCCUUUUUCUUUCGGGUUGAUCUUCUAUUAAAAUGAUUCCUGUUUAUUAGAGAAGGAAAAUUUAGUUACUAUACAUCUUAUAUUUGCACAGUUUAUUAAAGUUCGUGCCCUAAAGUUACCUGCUUUUCUUUGUGGCAUAUGAGGCAUCUGCUGUCUUCAGAUUUUCUUACAGUUUUGUGAUUUAUAAUGCUAAUGAUUGGUGUGCCUUAUUCUCUGAGGGAGGAUGGAGGGUUCAUAAAGCAAUGCCUUAUCCACAGCAGAUUUUCUUGUAUAUUAAGUUAAACAGAAUUCUGUAUAAAUUAUUAUGAAGGUUCAAGUUCUUUAGGGGAGUUUUUUUUUCUUGUUGUUAACAAUUUGGUUGCAAUCUAUUAUAUUUUGCAAUUGACUAGAUAUUACAGUCUACUUAUUUUUCAAGAGUAAUUAUUAUAUAAGUUUGGUUGGUAUAAUGGUAAAUAUUAUAUAGUGGGGGUAAAUUUGAUUAGAGUUUUUUUUUAAGCAUCUGACUUUAGAAAUCCGUGGAAAUAAAGUCUGUAUCUUGUGUAACAAUUCCAGACUAAAUUGCAAAA